AAGCAGCAGCAGAAUGGCUGGCGUUAAUGGCAGCUACGACUUGCAUGUCCGAGUCGUGAGCCGGCGCCUCGUGAAGGCCUCCGACUCCUCCAUCAAGCCACACGUCCUCGCCGUCUCCAACCUCGACCUCAUCCCGCAGACCAUACAGACAUCCAUGUUCUGUAUCUACCCCCGGCCGCCCAACGGCGACUUCAAUGCCGUCGUCGAAACCUUCGAGGCUGGGUUACCUUCGUUCCUCAACCACUUCUUCCCGUUCGCCGGCCGCAUCGCUACCAACCCGAGCUCCGGCCUCCCCGAGUUCCACUGCAACAACCGAGGCGCGGAGCUCGUGGUCGGGGAGGCCGGCGUGGCCCUGGCGAGCCUGGACUACGGCACGAUGACCGCGUCGGCGCGGCGGGUCCAGCAGCCGUACGGCGAGGGCAUGGCGCUGUCGGUGCAGCUGGUGUCGUUCGCGUGCGGCGGCUUCGCCGUGGCGUGGUGCACCAACCAUGUCCUCGUGGACGGGAGCGCCCUGAGCAUGCUCGUCAGCGCUUGGUCCGAGCUCGCGAGGUCAGGGACGCUCUCCGCCGCUUCCCGGCCAAACCACGACCGCUCUGUCUUCCGGCCGCGCGCGACGCCGUCCUACAGCGCCUCGCUCAACAAGGCGUUCACGCCGCUGGACGCCGAGCGCCAGGUCAACGUCCUGACCGCCGAGCAGAGCUCCGUCGAGCGCCUCUACUACAUCGAGGCGUCCGACGUCGCCCGGCUGCGCGAGGCGGCGAGCUGGGACGACGGCGGCGAGCGCGCAACACGGUUCCGGGCAGUGUCUGCCUACCUUUGGAAGGCCCUCGCGGGCGUCGUGGGCGCCGCCGACGCGCGCUGCCGCAUGCAAUGGUGGGUGGACGGGAGACGGCGGCUCACGGAGCCGCCGGAGCUCCGGGCCGCCAUGCGGAGCUACAUCGGCAACGUCACCACGUCCGCCAUCAGAGAGGCGGGCGUGGACGACGUCCGGCGGAUGGCGCUACCGGACGUGGCGGCCAUGGUGGGCGAGGCGACCGCGGCGCCGGUGUACGACGAGCACUUCCAGGAGCUGGUGGACUGGGUGGAGGAGCACAAGGCCGACCGGUACGUCGAGACGGCGAGCCUCGGGCUGGGCAGCCCGACGCUGAGCGUGACGGCGUUCACCUCGUUCCCGGUGGACACGGACUUCGGCCUCGGCCACGCCGCGAUGGCGAUGCCGACGACCUCGCCGACCGCGAGGCUGUGCUCGGGGUACGUGCAGAUCACCGCGCGGCCCGAUGGUGACGGGUCGUGGAUCGCUAGCGCCUUCCUGUGGCCACGGCUUGCAGCGGCGCUCGAGUCCGACGAGCCGUGCGUCUUCAAGCCUCUCACAGCGGAGUACCUUGGCCUCCUUGCUCCGUAA